UUAAACAAUGAAAUUAUUUAACUAACGUUUCAUGUUAGUUCACCUUACAGUGGCACUCAUUCAUUCCUCAUGCAUGGUUACAGUUCUCCAACCCUUUUUGAAAGUCAAUGAGACCAUCAUCCAUAAUGUUUCCUUCUUGGAAUAUUCUGGUAGGUUUUUGUAUAGGCUAUUCCCCCUUGCCAUACCCCUCGCAAUGGCUUUGUUUUUCCUUCCCUAGACCCGGCUGUAGUACUUCUCCAGACUUUUCCUUCAGCAGCAGAAGAUGAAUACAUCCUCGGACCCACUGUCAUUCAAGGAUGUGGCUGUGGCCUUCACCCAGGAGGAGUGGCUGCAGCUGGGCUCUGAGGAGAAGAUAACAUACAGGGAUGUGAUGCUGGAGAACUACAGCAACCUCAUCUCCGUGGGGUAUCAUAUUAUCAAACCGGAUGUUAUCAUCAAGUUGGAACAAGGAGAAGAGCCAUGGAUAGUAGAAGGAGCAUUCUCACCUCAGAGCUAUCCAGAUGAAAUCUGGCAAGCGAAUGACCUGAUGGAGAAAGUCCGGGGAGAUGAAAAGAAGCAAUCGAGGUCAGCUAUGUUCAGCUACAAAAGCAUGGUUGAAAAGACAGGUGAUGUUACUGGUAAAGCCAUUACCAUAGAAACAACACUUGUUCCUUCAAGAAAAGUCAUACCUACAUGUGACUCCUGUGAGAAGAGCUUGACUUGCGUCUCUGAAUUCAUUAGUAGUGAUGGAAGCUAUGCAAAAAUGAAGCCCAAUAUAUGUGCUGGAUGUGGGAAAUCGCUCCUGCACAUUAAGCCUGAGAAAACACAGCCAGGAGAUGAUUCUUAUGAAUUUAGUCAGAUUGAAGAUGAUUACACUCUAAGUGAAGAAAAUAUUUAUCAGAAAAUUCAUAUUUUGGAGAAGCCCUUUGAAUAUAUUGAGUGCCAGAAAUCCUUCCCGAAAAACACAGUUUUUGUUAAUCCCAUGGAGGAGAAGCCCUACAAUUGGAAUGAAUCUGAAAUAGCUUUUCUCCAGAUGUCAGACCUCAGUGGCCACCCGAGUUCUCACAUGGAGAUGAAACCCUAUGAGUGCCGUGAAUGUGGGAAGUCCUUCUGUAAAAAGUCAAAAUUCAUUAUACAUCAGAGGACUCACACUGGAGAGAAACCUUUCAAGUGUAAUCAGUGUGGGAAAUCCUUCUGCCAGAAGGGAACCCUCACUGUGCAUCAGAGGACCCACACAGGGGAGAAGCCCUAUGAAUGUAAUGAGUGUGGGAAAAACUUCUACCAGAAGUUACACCUCAUCCAGCACCAGAGGACUCACUCAGGAGAAAAGCCCUAUGAAUGUAACUACUGUGGGAAGUCCUUUUGCCAGAAGACACACCUCACUCAGCACCAGAGAACACAUUCAGGAGAAAGGCCCUAUGUUUGUCACGACUGUGGGAAGACUUUCUCUCAGAAGUCAGCCCUUAAUGAUCACCAGAAAAUCCACACAGGUGUCAAACUCUACAAGUGCAGCGAGUGUGGGAAAUGCUUCUGCCGAAAGUCAACGCUCACAACCCACAUGAGGACGCACACAGGAGAGAAGCCCUACGAGUGUAACGAGUGUGGGAAGUUCUUCUCUCGGUUGUCAUACCUCACUGUGCAUUACAGAACCCACUCAGGAGAGAAGCCCUACGAGUGUACAGAAUGUGGGAAGACCUUCUAUCUGAACUCAGCCCUCAUGAGACAUCAGCGAGUCCACACGGGAGAGAAACCGUAUGAGUGUAGUGAGUGCGGGAAACUAUUCUCACAGCUGUCAUACCUCACGGUGCAUCAUAGAACUCAUUCAGGGGUGAAGCCCUAUGAGUGUAGUGAGUGUGGGAAAACCUUCUACCAGAAUUCAGCCCUUUGUAGGCACCGGAGAAUUCACAGAGGGGAGAAACCGUAUGAAUGUUACAUAUGCGGAAAGUUCUUCUCUCAGAUGUCAUACCUCACUAUACAUCAUAGAAUUCAUUCAGGAGAGAAGCCCUAUGAAUGUAGUGAGUGUGGGAAGACCUUCUGCCAGAAUUCAGCCCUUAACAGACACCAGCGAACACAUACAGGAGAAAAAGCCUAUGAAUGUUAUGAAUGUGGAAAGUGCUUUUCUCAGAUGUCCUAUCUCACUAUACAUCAUAGGAUUCAUUCAGGAGAGAAGCCCUUUGAGUGUAACGAGUGUGGGAAAGCCUUCUCUCGGAUGUCAUACCUCACUGUGCAUUAUAGAACCCACUCAGGAGAGAAGCCCUAUGAAUGUACUGAAUGUGGGAAGAAAUUCUACCACAAGUCAGCAUUCAAUAGUCAUCAGAGAAUUCAUAGAAGAGGGAAUGUGAAUGUAGUUGAUGUGGGAAGGCUCCUUUAAAGGCAGACUUCAGAUGACCACCUCAGUUAACUAGACACCUCUGUCUGGAGUGGAGCCAUAUUGUACAAUUGGCCCUCAGGACCCAUAGGUUCCAUAGCCAAGGAUUCAGUAUCUCAGUAUCUGUAUGGGAUAUGUACGGACUUUUUUCUUGUUAUUCCCUAGUAGUACAAUAUAACAACUCUUUCUGUUGCAUUUAUAUGAUAUUAAAUAUAAUCUCGAGAUGAGUUAAAGCUGAACACAAAUAGACCAUUUCACCUAGGGAACUAAUGAACUGCAGACUUUGGUGUUCAGGUGGUCCUAGAACCACAGUCCCACAUACCAAAGGAUACUUCAGCGAGCCCACACAAAUGAGCAGGACAAGUCCAUGUAAUGUAGAUCCAUCGGAAAUUCACAGAGUGGAAGCCACAGUUGUGAAAAGACCACAUAGCAGACUAUACAGGAGUAAGAAUGUAUAAGCAUGUUUCAGCAUGACUUCAAACUGCUUAUCAGGGAAUUGACUCAAGGAAUGUGGGAAGCACACUCCUUUGGAAACUGCUAAUACUAAAGGAUACUGUGUAAAAUUGAAAAGAUAAUCUGCUAGAAAUAAGUACACUCUAUAAGUAUAAGAUAUAAAAUUAUAAGCCUAGUUAGCCAAGUUUGCUGCAUUAAACUGGUAAACAGUUCCCUAAGAACAUAGGACUUGGGGUUUCUUUGUCUUAUUUUAGUAACCAUCACAGAAAUCAUAUGUUCAGUUUUAAUCAAGCUUGGAAAAAUGUUGUAUCCUUAGUUUGUAACAUAUGGUAAGAUUAUCCAUCUAAAUUCACCAUACUACUUUCUUAAUACGCACUGUCACUGAGGUAGUAUUUGAAAGUUACGAACUAUGCUUUUUCUUGUUUCUUGGAUUUUAAAAUGGUCAUUGUCACAGAAUUGUAUCAUCUGUAAGAAGUCUUUUGUUGUUGCUGUUUUCAACUAUAGCACAGAAGACAGAAAUGUAUUGAUAAAAUAGGAAACUCUGAAUAGACCAUUUUUAAUUAAGCCAGAAGUCUCCAAGGGCAAGAAAUAGCUUUAGCAUUUACUGUACUCUGUACAACUAAGAACUAUACUUUAGAAUAUUCUCAUUUCUAUCUGCUGUUUUUUUUAAUGUAGAUGCUUAGGUGUGUGUAGAGCACAAGGGCUGUGUAGCACUGUCUAUGUGCUAGUAUUGUGAACGUUCCUUGUUCUAUCAUCACUAGGUGAGAACACACAAAUAAGGGUUGUUACAGGCAUCCUCCAUUGCCUUCUAGCGCUCCCUCCUUGCUCUUUGCCUGUAGUCUGAAAGAUGGGAGAUAACUUCUGAUUAAGUUUUAUUGGUAGUGAUAAUCCUUUCUUGUAACCUUGGGCUCAUAUGUAAAGUGUUAGAGGAGUCAUCAGAGGUCAUUCCUUGAAAGCCUUUCCUUUAAGAAGCUGAACCUUGGUGAACAAUCACCUUGUCUCAUGUGGUGCCUGACAAUGACUGCCAACAAUGGAUACAGUGUAAUCAUGGCCAUUGCAGAAAGUAGAAUAAACUGGGACCUGAUGUCACAGAGCCACUAAGCCAGCAUGACCUGUAACUACUCCAUGUCUGGACUGUGUUUUUUCCUAAGAUACUAUUUGUUUCAAAGCCAGUUGACUUAGGAAUAUUCUGCUAGUAACAACAAGACAGUCUACCUGAUGUAACAUUACACUUUGUAGGAGUUAUGCAAUUCAGAAGUGGACUUUCACUAAAUCAUUUAUUUUGAUGUGUUAAUAGAGAGAUUUAUUAUCUGUAAAUUUGUAUGUAAAUAAUCUGAGCAUUGAAAAUGAACUUGAAACAAAUGUG